AUGUUUCCUUUCUUUCCCUCGCCGCUAUUCUCUUUGCCAUCAACGCCCCAAAGACACUGUCGUCACGCUCAAUGCCGUUCCAGUGGUCCUUGUCGUCGCUCGGGGGUGAGCCUGGACUACGUUUUUUCUUUCUCUUUAUUUCCUACUUCCUCUACUUUCAUUAUCUUUCUUAUAACUGUUCUUCUCUUAUGUAAUAUUCUUUCUUUCUUUUUCUUAAUAACAUCUUCUUCGUGUCUUUCUUUUCUUAUUUUAUCCUUUUCUCCUCAUUUAUUCUUAUUUUCAUUCACAUAUUUUCUCGUCUAUUUUUCCUUUCUUUUUUCUUUCUUCCUUUUCCUUCGAUUUACCAAUGCUCUUUCUAAUCAUAUUUUUUUCUACUACAUUGUGUCUCUUACUUUCCCGCCUUUAUCUUUUGCCACUUUCCAAACUCCCUUCGCCAUUUUCAACCAAGAUGGAGGUGAAUGCAAGGAUUACGACAAGCUAAUUCAUCAUAUUUCCUUCUUUAUUCUUUUCCUCUCGCCAGAGGCAUCACUCUUGACUCCUGCAACCAUUAUCUUCAUUCUUAAUUCCCAACCAACAACCCAUACACAUCCUCUCAUCCAUAGCACGCCAUCUUGCCCGCUUCCUGCAGUGACUUCCACUGGUUUUACCUCAAUACAAACGCCUCUUUUUGGUAGGGUGUCGUAG